GCGUCAGUGGGGAAACAGAGCAUGCGUAGAAAAUGCGGAAGUGAUGAGGCAGCCGCUAAGCUGGAGAAACAAGGGAUUUUUUGCCAGCAGGGUUUUGCCGAAGGGUUUUUAUGCAUUUCAAACGUGUAAAAAAGGUCAUGGAGCUACGAGAAAGAUGAAUUCCCUGUCAUGGUGAUUGAGAAGCAAAAUGGGAGUGUGCUAGUGCAUCUUGGGCCCAAGCUCCAGGCCUAUCCUGAGGAAUUAGUCUCGCAGCGUCAUGGUCACAAUAGGCAGACUGAAUACCUGAUUCGUUGGCAUGUUCUCAGCUCAGAGAAUGGUUCUGGAAGCACCACAAGCACUUCUUUGAUUGAAAGCAAAAUGGAGAACAUCCUGAUGUGGAUGCCUGCAGACGAUGUCUCUGCCAACUGCCCAACACUCUUAGGCAAGAGGAAACCCAAGAAGCAACAACUAGAGCAGAGAGCAUCUCACAUAUUCUCUCCAGAGGUCACGCUGGAUGAAGCCUCUCUUUUGGAGAUGAAGAAGGAUGUCAAGAAUCUGGUACAGAGAGCCUCUUGGCAGAUGGAGAGUAGCAUGGUUCCCCAGUCAUCCAUCUUGAACACUAUCCAUGUACUCAGUGCCUAUGCCAGUAUCCCUUCAUUGAUGGGCGUGUUCAAGGAAACAGGCGCCCUUGAUCUGCUGAUGAAGAUGCUGUGUCACACAGAGAAACAGAUCCGUUGCAGUGCUGGCAAAAUGCUCAGGGCUCUGGCUUCCCAUGAUGCAGGAAGCCGAGCCUACGUUCUCUUGUCAUUGAGCCAGCAGGAUGGCAUUGAACAACACAUGGACUUUGACAGUCGCUGCACUCUCCUUGAGCUAUUUGCAGAAACAACAUCGUCAGAGGAACAUGGCAUGUCUUUUGAAGGGAUUCCUCUUCCUCAGAUCCCAGGGAAGCUGCUCUUCUCCCUGGUGAAGCUUUACCUGUGUGCCACGUUCCUUUUGGACAAGCUCAACAGCACCGCAGAGCGAGCAGUGGGGAGUGACCACUUUGUGAUCUCCAGUGCAAGCUCUGAGGGAAAGAAGAAGCUGCUGCGUGAAUUUGAUUUCAGUAUGGCCAUGGCCCAUCUCAUUUCAGAGCUGGUCCGAGUUAUGGGCUGGGAUCACGGCCUGAAUCUUCGCCACUGCAGAGCAAAGCAGCCUCGAGGGAUUCAAUCAAUCUUCCAGCGCCAGAUUCCCACCUGUGCCUCCAUCCCAUCAGACACACCAUUAAACCACAAGGAGGAAAGUACAUUCAAGUCACGUUCAGCCUUCCCCAGUCGCAAUUGUUACAUGGAGUACCUGAAGGAAAAACUGGUGCAUGGCAUGCGUGUGCGUAUGUUGGAAAGCUAUGAGAAGGUCUCUGCAGGAGAUGAGGGUGAAUUCCUCCAGAGCAAUAAUGGCACUCCUCCACUCCAGGUUUAUUGGGAGUCCUUGGGCCGCACGUAUUGGGUGCAUUGGCACAUGGUUGAAAUUGUAGAUUCAUCCAGGUGUGCAGAUCAAGAAGCCCAGAAAAUGGUUUCCAGCCUUACACAGAUUCUGAGAGAAGACACAGUUUACUACAAACCACUUGGAGGACUCUACUCCUUGCUAUAUCUGAGAGAUCAGAUAAAUGAAGAGUCUGGGAACCUGAAUCGGGCUGAAUGGUGGGAGCUGCUCUUCUUUGUUAAGAAGCUAGAACUCUCCAAACAGCAGGAACUUCUUGAGUUCAUCCAACAGAACCAAAAGAUGUCGGAGCUAGAUGAAGAGGGCCUGAUCCAGCUGUCAGUAUCAGUAGAGUUGGCUCAACAAGUGUUGCGUAUCCUGAACAACCACUGCCAGGGUUGCACCCGAAGUGAUCUGCAGAGUUCCCAGGUCUAUCUCAAGUAUUCCACUGGCAAACAAAGGACAGAGCAGAACUGCCAACAUGUGAAUGGGGUCCCAGCAAACUGUGAUGGCUUCUCCGAAGAUUUGCCAUCCAAGAAACCGAAGAAGAAGUUGGUAUCUGCUGAAGUGCCAUCUCCAGCUACAACCAUGGUAGAAAAGACUGAUAUACAGCUAACUAAUGAUCUCCUCAAAGUGGAAGGACUUUCCUUCCCAGAGACCCUGGAUGAGAAAAUGAAGGCUUUCUGCAGUGUGAAGAUGGUAGGGAAGAAAAGUAGUUUGGAGCAGCUGGCCGAUGCCAUGGAGAUGAUCCAGAAGUCUAGUAAUGACAUGGAAUUUCAGAUGGCUGGUCUCAAAUUCAUUACCAAAAUCUUGGAGGAGAAACCUGGGCAAGAACAGCAAGAGAAGCAACUUCUCAAACCAGAGAGUGAACUCAGUAUUAGGGAGAAAAUAGUAAAGAGGCUGGUGGAGUUGCUGAGCUACCGACGGAAGGAAGAAGUGUUCAUGGUGUUGGCGCUGCAGGUGCUUUAUAGGCUCAUGGCAAAAUACGACUGGCGCAUACUCUUUGCCAGUCAAGGUGGGCUGAGCUCUGUACUGCACUGCAUGCAGGAGCAUCCAAUGGCAGCACCAGUGCAGCAAGCAGGACUUGCAGUCUUAAAGGUCCUGUUGGGUGCUGGAAACUGUGACUUACCAGGUGCUUGCAGGAAGCCCUACCCUCUGGACCACUUUGCUGUCCAGAUGAUGCAAGAGAUCUUUGCCAACAUUGGCUCUUCAUCCAGCAAGGAUCCUGACAACUUGCUCCGUGCCAUCCCAGCAGCGAUCAAGAAGAUGUUAACCACUCCUGGGGCCUCGGCAGCAGUUCAAAAUGGGCUCCUGGUGCUCAACAAGCUGACCAACUACUGCAAGGAUCUUGUAAAGCAGCUGGAAAACUAUGGCCUCCUCUCAGUUCUGCAAAGCUGUUGCCAGUCAGAUGAAAGCUCAAAUAUGAUUCUGGCUCAGAUCGUGUUGAGACGUGUGGCGGAAUCUAAGUUACUACUGAGCCAAGAGAGCACAGAGCUUGCAGCCCCCCUUAACACUAAGGAUAUGAACCUUGGAAAACUUGUGAGCAACCUACGUGCCAACUUUGUUUGCAAGGAGAUAGUGGAGCACUGUCUCUGUGCUUGGAAGAACCAUCCAGAGGAAGACUUCCAUGAAUUUCUGUUAGAUGUCCUUCUGCUUAUAGACUUGGCCAAUCUGGGAUCUGAAAAGGAUGUACAGCUGGAAGUCUUAAGGAUUUUGAACAAAUGUUUGGAUAAUUCCCAGAAAGAAAGUGGGCCAUGGCAUAAGACUAUUGAGCCUUGCUUGUCCUCUAUGAAUAUUCAUAUAAAUGACCGAGAGAUCAUUCAGAAGUUCACCCAUUUCUUGUACCGUCUGGCCACCCUCAACAAAGAUUGUGCCGUUCUCAUGUGCUGUAUGGGUGCACAGGACAUCUUGACUAAAGUUGUAGAGAAACACAGUUCCAGCCUGUUGUGGGUGACGGAACUAAGGGAGAUCCUGGGCAAGUGUGAGAAGUAUGCCAGCUUGUAUAAGACGAUGACAGUCAGCAUCCUGGCUGGAUGCAUUCAGAUGGCUUUAGGGCAGAUAGAAGAACAUAGGCGGGGUCAUCAACCUAUCAACAUCCCUUUCUUUGAUGUUUUCCUACACAAUCUGUGUCAAGGCUGCAGUAUGGAAGUAAAAGAGGACAAGUGCUGGGAGAAAAUAGAAGUUUCUUCCAACCCACAGAUGGCCAGCAAAUUGACCGAUGGGAACUCCAAAACCUUUUGGGAGUCAAAUGGCAGUACUGGCUCCCACUAUAUCAAUGUCUACAUGCAUCGUGGGGUGGUUGUCCAGUAUAUGUCUCUGUUGGUGGCCAGUGAGGAUGCCAGCUACAUGCCAGCCCGGAUUAUGGUCAAGGGAGGGGAGAGCGCCUCCAGCAUCAGCACCAAGCUCAAUAUGGUGAGCAUCCCACCAUUGGCCAGCAAGGUGAUCCUCUUGGAGAACAUGAGUUGCUUCUGGCCCAUCAUACAGAUCAAGAUCAAACGCUGUCAGCAGGGUGGCAUUGACACACGCGUUCAUGGCCUCAAAGUUCUGGGCCCCAAGCCCACUGUCUGGCCCAUCUUCAAGGAGCAGCUGUGCAGACGCACCUCUCUCUUCUACACCACCAAGGCCCACACAUGGUGUCAGGAAAUUUCUGAAGACCGGAUGCAGCUGCUGCAUCUCUUCAACAGGUUGAACAGUGCCUUGCGCCACGAGCAGGUGUUUGCCGAUCACUUCCUUCCUGAUGAUGAGGCUGCCCAGGCCCUGGGAAAGACCUGCUGGGAGGCUCUGAUUACUCCUGUGGUGCAGAGCAUCACCUCUCCAGACCCCAGUGGCAUCAGUCCUCUGUCAUGGCUCCUCAGCCAAUACUUGGAGAAUUUGGAGAUAGCCCGUAAAGCCAAGAGCCGAGCUGCCAUCUUCAACUCCCGUGUUCGGCGUCUGAGUCACCUUCUGGUUCAUUCAGACUCUAGCAGUCCUGAGCCUGAGGAGCUGAAGCCCCCUGUGAAAUCCAAUGUGAAGAAUGAGAUGAUCAAGGAAUCAAGCUCUGGGGCUGCCAAGACAGUUGUGAACAAGCCUAGCAGCACAACAGACAUCACACAGUGCUGGAAAGGUGUGGUCCAACAGCAGGUGAAGUGGUUCCUGGAGACCUCCUGGCAAACCUCGAACUUCGUGGAGCAGUAUUGCAACACUUACCUACGCCUCCGAACAGCCAUGGAAGAGCUUUUUGGGCAGCAGAUGUCCUUCAUGUUGGCCUUGCGCCAUGGCUUCUCUGGGGCGUUGCUGCAGCUCUCUUUCCUGAGAGCCAUGCAUGUGAGUGAGCAGUUUGCCCGUUACAUCGACCGCUGGAUCCGAGAAAGCUGGGGAGAUUCAGGCAACGUGGAAACCCUGUGGCACCUGCAGCAGAGCCUGGAGCCCAUCCUCUUCUUGGCAGGCCUGGAGUUGGCCAACACCUUUGAGCACUUUUACCGGCUCUACCUGGGAGACCGGCUCCUGUCCCAGGGCAAGUCAUGGCUGGAGUGUGCUGUGGUGGAGCACAUUGGGCUCUGCUUCCCCAACCGUUUGCCUCAGCAGAUGCUGAAGAGCCUGAGUGAGCUGGAGGAGCAGCAGCAGCAAUUUCACCUCUUCCAGCUGCAACAACUUGACAAGCGUCUGCUUGAAUUCGACCAUGAUGGGAAGUGUGAAGAAGAGGAAGAAGGAGAGAUGAAGAAGGAUGAGGAAUCAUUUUCUCACAAGGAAGAGACAGAGGUGAAAGUUCUGGUCCUGUCUCCACGCUGUUGGACCAUCUCUCCACAUUGCUACCUGGAGGAGCCUGCCAAUUUUUUCCCAUCAUCCCUCAGUCAGCAGCUGGACAGGUUUGCAGACUUCUACACGCAGAGCCAGAGUCGCUUUGGGCUGGAGCAUACAAAUCUACGGCAUUUUCAGUGGACAUGGCUGGGACAUGCGGAGCUUGAGUACCAGGGCUGCAAACUGCAUGUGUCUACACUGCAGAUGUACAUCCUUCUGUGCUUCAACAGUGCUCAGGAAGUUUCUGUGAAGACUUUAUUGCAAGUCACAGGUCUCUGCCCUGUCCUCUUGAAUCAUGCCCUGAAAACUCUGGUGAAGGAGAAUGGGAUCCUCUGCCAGAGUCACAGUAUCUUGAAGCUUAAUCAAGUUCAGCUGUCUGGCCAACACUUGUGGCUGUUGCCUAGACCAGAAUAUCUGAAUGUAGGAGGGGAUGAGGGCCAUACUUUGAAGAAGAAGAGGGACAUCAUCUGCUCCCUUCUCAUCCAGAUUCUGAAAGAGGAGAAGGAGAUCCACAUUGACAAACUCUUGUUCAAGGUGAUAGACGCCUAUCAGAAAAGGGAGCAUGGCUCUACACCAAGGCUCACGGGUGUCUUCUUCAGCAGUGCUGAUGUCCUGUCCUGCAUCCUGCACUUACUGAACCAGGGCUCUGCUCAACGGAAGGAAAACCAUCCAGAGUUCUUGGAAUAUGUCUCCACAGAGUGCUCCACCCAGGUCCUGCCAAAGAACCAGCUUCAGGCCACCUUUCAAACUGUACAGAUCAAAAAAGUAUGCAAUGUGCCCUCUGUGGAAAAGAGACAGACAUUCUCUACUUUUAGGUAGAAGUGGUUACUGACUUGGCAUGAGUGACUAUCUGAGAGCGCCCUUUUGGUGGCUGGGGUUGACAGGGUUGCUUGUGCUCUUCAAUGCCUUAUUUACUUACAAGCGUGUCUGUAGAGAUCUUGCUUCCUGGGUGGCCAUCCCUCAUUGAACUAGUUUAAAAAUUAUGAUUGUAUCAAGGAGCCAUGUGGGGACCAGUAGCACUGCAGUGAACAUAGCCAGUUCCCUCCUGGAAAGAGAAACAGAGUGAAUUGUCAUUGCAAGUGGCAAUCUCCCAGAAAGUGGAUGUUGUCCGUGAACCAAGUGAGCUGUGCUUUCAUUGCCGGACUGCAGUGCACUUGCCAGCAGUUGGCACGUUAUUCCAUGCCAUGGAAGAUAACAGGAACAGCCACAGCCUUUCCAAAAUGGGCAGAAUACCUUGUGUUUAUAAAAUCCAGACAUCUGCCUUAUUAUGCAACUGAUGCAGAACAUGGCAAUUUUGCCCUUUCUUUACAUUGACUUCAUAACAGAUGGAUUAUGACCUUCCUCCUACCACAGGGCACAAUCUCCAAGUCAUGCCUGCAGUUUUGUGGAGGAGCAGCUCCCAUCCAUCGGUAUGAUGAUCCUGCUGCAGAAUAAGGGUGGCACCUAAUUUGCAUUGCAACCUCUAUUAUUCAGGCUGCUUCUGGCUUUUUGUAAUAUCUCUCUUAUUUCUUCAAAGUCUUCUCUUUGGUCAGUGAGGAGGGGCUUCCUUAGCACUCUCUGUUUUAAAUAUUGUCUUUCCCCUUUUCUGUAGACAUCCAGUGUAAGAUGUGUUCAUCUUGCCUGACGGGUUAGAAUUCAAAGACAUAAUUGUGUUAAGUCUGGAAUAUAUGUAUGCAAAUGGAUCUUGUAGCACCUUAGGGACUAACUGAGGGAAUGGAGUUGAUAGCAUGAGAUUUUGUAGACAACGUUUAUUUCCUCAUGUGUCGGAAGAAUACACUUAGUCUAUGAAAGCUAAUGCUACCCACUUUGUUCUCAGUCUCUACGGUGCUACAAGAUCCCUUUGCAUACAGUCAUAUUGUCUGUCAGCCUAAUGAAUGCAAUUUGGGAGGGACUGAGUGGAAGGAAUCUGUAGGGUAGAGUGUAAAGCUGACACCUUUCCCUUUACAAGGAAAGUAAUAGCCUUUGAGAAGACUUCAACUUGCAGCAAAUUAUUAGAACUGGCCAGAAGAGGUCAGUGUAGAUUGUAUAUGUGGAAUUAGUUGCUACCAUCAGUUGCCUUCCUGAACUCUUAAUAAAAGAAAAUUAGAAGA